GGGCCACAAUGAUCCUCCUCUGUCUCCUCAGCGUGCAAGUUCUGCAGUUAGCUGGGGCCGUUGAACUCUCUGCCGGCUCCUGUGCCUUUGAGGACAGCACUUGCGGCUACCAAGCAGAUCCCGCAUCCCUCCCGUGGCGUUUGAACGUGGAAGGUCAUUAUAUUUCUGUGGACACCUCACAGGGAACACAUGGGGACACAGCUGCAUUGCUCAGUCCUGAACUCUAUUCAGAGGAGUGGAGCUGUAUUAGACUUAUAUACCAGAUUGCAGCCAUCUCAGAACCACCAAUAAAUCCUACUGCUUUAAAUCUAUACCUAAGGAUAGAAGGUGAAAGUUUUGAUCAGUUGCUUUGGACAAGCACAGAAUACUCAGAGAGCUGGCUCAUAGCCAGUCUAGAUAUAAGAAACAGUACAAACAAAUACAGGAUUGUACUAGAAGGUGUACUGGGAAGAGAUAUUUUUGCCAGCAUAGCAAUUUUUGAAAUUAAAGUAACUACUGGCUACUGUUUAGAAUGUAAUUUUGAAGAAAAUCAUCUGUGUGGUUAUCUGAACCGUUGGAACCCCAAUGUGAACUGGUUUGUUGGUGGAGGAAACACUGGAAAUUCACAAUCCAUCCUUCCAAGAGAUCACACUCUUAAAAAUGAAUAUGGUCACUACAUGUAUGUGGACUCCCUCUAUGUGAAACAUUUCCAGGAAGUGGCUCAGCUGGUCUCACCUAGGACAACGACCCCUAUGUCAGGCUGUUUGUCCUUCUAUUACCAAGUUCAGCAGGGAAAUGGCAUUGCUUUCACCAUCUACAUGAGAGAUGCAAAUGGCUUUUAUGAAGAGCUUUGGAAAGCAGGAAGCCUAACGAGUAAUGACUGGGUUUUAGGAGAAGCUGAAUUCAGUGCCCCAUACCCAAUGGAAGUUAUUUUUGAAGUUGCUUUCAACAGUGCCAAAGGGGGAUAUAUUGCUCUUGAUGACAUUUUUUUCUCUCCAGUUUUCUGCAGCAAUCAGACAGAAAUUUCCUUUGAUCCCACGAAGGCAAGUUGCAAUUUUGAGGAGGGUUUUUGCACUUUUUAUCAAGAUCACAAGGAUGGCCCUGGAUGGAGUAGGGUGAAAGUAAAGCCUAAUGCAUACAGGCCGGGAGACCAUACUACUGGCAUGGGUUACUACUUGCUGGCAAACACAAAGUUUACAUCACAGCCUGGGUACAUUGGCCGUUUAUACAGCAUUACUCUGCCAGGAAAUUUACAGUAUUGUCUGCGUUUUUAUUAUGCCUUAUAUGGCUUUUUCAAAAUGCGUGAUACCCUGGCUGUUUACAUCUUUGAGGAGAACCAUGUGGUUCAAGAAAAAAUCUGGUCUGUCUUGGAUACUCCCAGAGGUGUCUGGACUCAAACUGAAAUCACCUUCAAAAAGCCCAUGCCUUGCAAGGUGGUGUUUGUGAGCUGGUGCAGAAGCUUUUGGGACUGUGGACUUGUGGCACUAGAUGAUGUAUCAAUGAGUUUAGGAAGUUGUCAUGCUACUGAUAUAUUGCCUGCUUUUCCUGGAGAAUGUACUUUUGAACAAAAUGAAUGUGCAUUUACUCAGCAAAAGCGAAACAGGAGUGGUUGGCAUAGGAGAAGAGGUCAGACUCCUACAUCUUACACUGGACCAAAAGGAGACCACACUACUGGGGUAGGGUAUUAUAUGUAUAUAGAAGCAUCUCACAUGAUCUAUGGACAGAAAGCACGGCUUAUUUCGAGGUUACUUCGGCGGACCUUUGGCCAUCAGUGUCUUAAAUUUUUUUAUCACAUGUAUGGUGCUGGGACUGGGCUAUUAAAUAUUUAUGUGAAGAAGCACGAUGCUAAGGAUGAGAUCCUCAUCUGGAAGAGGCGAGGCGAACAAAGCAUCACAUGGUUAAGAGGUCUAAUACAAUAUACUUGUGAUAAAUCUCAUCAGAUUAUAUUCGAAGCAGUUCGUGGAAUAUCAGUGAGAAGUGAUAUUGCUAUAGAUGACAUUUUGUUUCAGCCGGGACCUUGUAAAGAAAUAGAAGAAACCACACUACAGUCAUCUGGAUAUUCUGCUGAUUUUAAUGAAAUUGAAUACUGAGCUCUGCAGAAGCAUCACAUUGCUUAUCUACCAGGGAAACUGCACAGCCUCGUCCAUGCCUUUAAUUUGUAAAGUAAUAAGUAUUGGACUAUUUUAUUAUGGCAUGGGAAGAAUUCAACAAGGACUGAACUUUGGUCUGGCAAAUAGAGUUACUGACUCAGGGCUUCCCUCACUUUGUGCUGUAUUUUGCAUGUGACAUCAGUUAAUCUAAGGGGCUAUUCAUUUUGCACAUUGUGCAGCAAUAGAUAUAUAUUGCUAAGAUAAGUAUUUUUAUGCACAUAAUUACAGAAAGUAAAAUGGACACAAUCUGUUAUUGUGUAACUAAUUCUGCAUUCAGUGAAUGUUUUUUCUUGGGCAAAUAAAAGAUUUAAGGCACAACCCUUUAGACAGAAAAAGGGCUUACC